UACACCGUCCAGCCCCGUCUACGAGUUCAGAGUACUUCGCGGUCGGUCAUAGUUCUGUGGGCUUCUCUGAGGUAUUAGCAACUGGAGAUAUCGUGGAAGAAGGAGAACCAUUAGCUUCAGCCCUCUCACUUUUAAUUACUUCAUUCACUCUUUAGCUCAGCAGGCUUAGCGAGGUAUUGCUGGAGCCUCUCAGGACCUCCUGAUGAGCGAAACUGGUUGAACAUGAGCUGGAAAUUGGAGAGUGAACAUCCACAUCAGCUGGAGUCUCUCAGUACUGAUGAUUCAUGUGCAGCAGUGUCAGGUGUAACAGCAAUUUCUUGGAGGAGGUGAUGGUGGAAAACAAAGAUGGCCAGAGCUGGAGCUCAGUUGACUGUUACGUGCACGAGAGGCAGCUGGUGCUCAGCCUGUGCCUGGAUAAGCUGCAGGGCAGCCGGGCGCCCAGCCUCCAUCGCUCUGUUCUCCUGGCCAACACCAUGAGACACAUCCAGAAGGAGAUGACCCAAGAGAAAGAAGGCCCACCGGAAAAUCUCUGCAGCAGACAAAUAUCCCAAUCUCAGCUGGUCAUGCCCCUUCAUACACCUGAAUCUCAGUUCCAGCCUCCUGAUUGCAUCCCCGCCUUGAGUGACAUGGACCAAGGGGGUGUGGAUCUUACCUGUUCCAGGUGUGCAGAGGAGGUGGAAAUUGAGAUGGAUGUGUCCUUCUUUCCCUCUGGUUUUGUCACUUCUUCAUCUUCCACUCCUUUCACGGACAAAGUCUUUACAGACAGCGGUCUGAUUGGUCUAACGUCCCUUCUUGAGGCAGGGAACACUCAGGGCUAUCUGACUGACUUGGCCUUAGAUGAUAUCUUUGAUGAUAUUGACACCUCCAUGUAUGACUCUUCAGAAAUGUCCUCCACCAUGACCUGUGUGUUCUGCAGUGUGAGCCAUUUGUUCGCUGGAGAUGAGGAAACCAAAGUUCUCCCAGAUUGCCCCUCAGCGAGCUCUCUGCAGUGCAGCCCCACAGACCUAAAUGACAUUAUGGAAGUGUUAGUGGGCUUGGUUUAAUGAAAUAACUCGACCACUUUACUGACCACCGAAGUGAAAUCCAAAGGAUCCAGCCAUGGUGCAGAUGAGUCAGAAACUCAUGCAGAUUAUUAUGCCACACCAACUUAAAUGUUUGACAGAAUUAUAGAGAGAACUGUAUCAGUUGAAUAGUCACCGUCAAGGGUUAGUGCUGGAUGUGUCUUGCUUGUUGAGCUGCACAAAGAAGAACGUGGGAUUUUUUUAGAACAAUGCAUUUGUUGAUACAGGUUCCUUGGAUUUUCUAGGAAAACCUUUUAAUUGGUAUUUAACCUUUACAGUGUGUGGAAGUUCUUUGAACUUUUUGAAAGUUUAUUCACACUUGUAAAUUUCACGGAAAUGAUUCUUUAAAGACCCAUCCAUUGAAAGGUUCUUUUGGGAACCAAAAGAGGUUCUUUUAUUACAUAUCUCCAAAGAACCCUUUUUGAAACCAUUAUUUCUGAGGGGGAAUUCCACUGAUUUUUCUAAAUUUCUGCAUGAUUAAAUGCAUUAAACGAUGUGAGAUGCUACAUUCUAGAGAAACUUACUGAGUGGUGGUGAUAGGAACCAGACCUCCAGAGUGUUUAAAGCCACCUCUCAAAAAGCUGUUACAUAAAAUUGCUGCUUGAAGCCAAAGAGAUUGGUUUACAGGAGUUUUGCAGUAAAGUUUUGGUCUUAUAUGUUUUUAAAACAUCCAUUUAUGGUGGAGGAAUACUUGGAGGAUGUUUAAGGCAAAAUGGUGCCCAAAGAAUCCAGAUUUUGUAUUGUUUUACCUUGAUCAAAAUUGCAUGUAAAAGCUCAGAAUACGUGUAUGUUCUCUGAUUGUUUUGGAUAGUAAACAAAAUGGUUAUAUUUGUGUAGACAUCAUGACACCUGGGUCUUACCAGUUGUCCUUAUCACCAGUCAAGUCUGAGUCAGUUUCACUACAAUGCACCAUUUCACUUCAGGUCAUUUAGAAUGACUUUGUUCACAUCACAACAAUUGAAUUAUGCAGAAAUAAAACAAAACAUUGGAAUUCACCUUCAAGAGUGUACAGUCAAAAUAUAUUAUUAAUGCAUAAUUUUGGAUAUACAAUGAAGAGAUAUGUUUUCACAUAGAUUUUAUAUAAUCUGUGAUUUUAGAUGUGAUAUUAAUGACUUUAAUACACAGCUUUUUAUAGGUAGCAUUUCUAGGCUUUUAAUAAUGUGGGAUAAUAUAUAGUAUUAUAACUUAUAGGUUCUCCUACCUGUGCACGCUACCUCUUUGCUUAACGUUAACAUAUAGCCUCUUGUUAACGCUAAAGAGCAAGUUAUCGUGAUUGAUCUAAGUGAUUAACCCAUGUGGAAAAAAAAUAUAUGGACCUAUAUUUUUAUAUAUUUCACAUGCAAAUGCAUUCCAAACGCUAAAAUGUCUUUCAGAAUUGCCCUGUUAGUCAAAUAUAUUUUAAAAUACAUUUAUUUAAAAUGUAUGGGAAAAUAUUACACAUAGAAAUGUACUAUAGAAAAAUAAAUAUAUGUAAAUAUAUUUAUCAAAUACAUUUGAAAAUGAUGCCAUCACAUGUAUUGAAGCUUUUACAUCACUGUUGUUGACCACUGAACCUUAUGAGAGGAUCCUGUCACCAUGGCAGUCACUAUUUCCUCAAAAAAACAACCCUUUCUGGGGCAGUGGCUUUCAGAGGAAUGUUGACUGUACUGGUAGAAGCACUGCAAGUGAUGUGAUUAAAAAAUGAAGUAAAUGUUUUUAUGUAACUUAUAAGUUGUCUCUCUCUUUCUCGAGCCCUUGUAGCUCCUUUAAACUUACUACCCUGUUCUAUAGAUGCCUUUGAAAAAUCGGCUUCAGUGUAAUUCACUCUGACUGCUAGCUGUGCUGCUAUGGAAUGACAGGAGGCAAGGGAGAAGAAAAACGGGGCGAGAGAGAGAGAGAGGGAGAGAGAGAGAGAGAGAGAGAGAGAGACAUGGGGGGUUGGGGUUGUUGGAAAUAAGAGAGUGCAUUGAGCUCUGCACUUAUUAACUGUUUUAUAGAUUUAUGAAUCUUGUAUAUGUCAGGUAUACACCUUUGCAUAUGUAAAUUAUGUGAUUUUUGUUGGGUUCCUCCAUUUUUAUUUCUCAUAUGAAUCACAGAGUAGAUAAAGCAUGAUUUUUAUGUAUUUUAACAGCAAUCAAGAACUGUUUACCUUUUCUACACAUGGGAAACUGCAAUGUACAUCAUGCUUGAGCAAACAAAUUAUUUUGCUUUACGUUAUUAUUUUAUAUAGGUUCAGAACAGUUUAGUGCAGUUUUUAUGCAAUACAUUGUCACAAAGCAAUUAAACUGCAAACUAUGGAACAAAGACUCAUACCAUGUACCACGCUUAUAAUGUAGGCUGAGCAAGGAGUAAAUGUGCCAUUUACUAUUUACAACAGCACCUACUGGAAUAUUAUUAAAUUUUUGAGUUUAAAUAACAAUAAAUGUCCAAACAAACUACCGGUUUUGGUAAUUUUAAUUGAAUUGGAAUUAGAUAUGGUUAAGUGAAUGUGUUUACCUUUCAAGUUUUGUCCAGAAGAUGUUGCAAGUGAGAAACUGUAGCUUACAAACAAGUGCUUU